AUGUCCGCGCCCCCCCAGAUAAAUUGGGUGCCGAUAUUGGCUGCUCGAGCCCAAAAUGACCGCGAUGCUAUGAAACUAUAUGCGGCAGCUCUUUCAGGCUUGAUUGCUGUCUUUAUUACUUUUCAUACUUCGACGUACUUGUGGCGAAAGACUGGCCUGGCCCAGGGCCCUUUCAGCUACUCAGCAAGCCUGAACUUCGGUUUCUUCUUCGUAAAAGUCGAUGAUAGCAUCCUGGCCUUAGAUUACGUCCUCGCAGCUCGAGCUGGAUGGUUGGCCGUUGCGAAUCUUUGCUUGACGGUAUUCCUCAGUCUUAAAAACACGCCGCUUGGAUUUCUUACAGGAUGGACCUAUGACCGUUUGAACUCACUUCACAGAGCGUCGGGGUUAAUGACCUCCGCUCUCGUCGUCACCCAUGCUGCUAUGAUUUCAGCCUUCUACCAGGAUCAGCAACCAUCUAGGCUUUAUGAGACAAAACAGUACUUCGGCAUUCUUGCCGCCUUCACUAUGUUUUCUACGGUGGCUGUUGCCUUGAUGUUCCAACACAGACGCUACGAACUAUUUUAUGUUCUACAUGUUAUUUUAUUCAUUGCAUUGGUGGUUUUCAUAUGCCUGCAUCAUCCAGAUAUUACCCAAAAGGUCAUGAUCGUCAUUUUUAUAGCCGCGGGACUAUGGAUCCUUGAUCGCCUGGUACGAGCGACUAGUCUACUCUAUCACGGCAUCAACAACACCGCAACACUACAGCCCCUCCCCAGUGGCGGUACAAGGGUCAUUAUGAAAAAGAGCCCUUCAGGUGCGAGGUCUGGGCAGCACGCAUAUCUUUGGGUUCCUGGGGUUCGAUACUUUGAGACUCAUCCCUUUACCAUUGUGAGCACGCAACCACUUGAAUUUGUGAUUGAUGCACAUGAUGGCUUUACCCGCGCCUUGCACGAAUGCGCCGUCAAAAACCCGGGUGUUGCACUGAAAGCAUCGGUUCAUGGGCCUUAUGGACAUAUGCCAGAUCCUACUGCAUACGAUAAGAUCGUGAUCUUCGCUGGCGGUAGUGGCGGUACCUUUGGAUUUGGCAUGGCACUUCAACUUCUACGAGAUCUUGACGCCGCUGUCCACAGGGACAUCACUGUGGUUUGGGUCAUAAGAAAUCGGGAUCUUUUAGAGUGGUUCUCUCCCUACCUUGAAAGCAUUGCUCGUGCUCAAGGAUUCAACAUCUCUAUCAACAUUACCGGCAGAACGGAGCUCAGUGAAAAGGUCGCCAGUGACCAGGCAGCCUCGACUUCCAAGCGGGCAGUUUCGGAAGAUCGUGUGGAAAUGGCUGAUUCACCCGGUCAGUCCGAUGCGUUUCAACAAGACCUUAUUCUUGGGAUUCCAGCUCACCACGGACGUCCUAACAUUGACGAGAUUGUCGCCCAGAUUCUGGAGGGAAUGUCUGCGAAUUCACGAGUCUUGGUUUUGGGAUGUGGACCAGCUGGUUUAUUGCAAGCCGUAAGGCAGUCAGCAACGUCUCGAAUGGUUCCAAACGGGGCUGGAAUUUCAUUUCAGUUUGAGCAGUUCGGAUGGUAA